ACACAUGACGUCGCAGACCAGACUAACUUCCUUUGCUUUGAAUUGGGGUGUUAAACUAGCUAGCUACCGCUCUGUCAACUGAGGAGCCAACAGGAGCAGUAGAGAAAUGUCUUCUCCAGUGCAGUCAGAUGAAGAUGAGGUGGAAGAAGUGGAGUUUGUAUCAGAGGGCCCUCUCAGACCAGUGUUGGACUGUAUUGAUCUACGUAGUGACAGUGAGGAUGAGGGAUGUUCAUCAUCAGCAGUCACUCUGGACGAUAAAAUCACCUGCCAUAAAGCGCGUGUCACAUCAACACUGGACAGGCUGGCACACCAGGUGGCUCUAGAGAAACAGGAAAGAGCAAAUAAAUGUAGAGCAUUCAAGGAGAAGCAAAUUUCACAAAGAGCUCAUAGACAGCAGGAGCUGGCUUUUAAUCCAACAAAUGGAGCUAAUCGGGAGGCAAAGCGCUGUGUAGACAUGUGGUUAAAGAUGCCAGGUGUUAAACCUGGAGUGAUCAGUGCUGGUUUUGGAAGAAGGCGUGGACCUGUUUCUUUUCCCAUGAAUAGUUCAACCAGACACACUUGUCCAGUGAUUAACUGUGGUCGAGUUUAUGAGAAUGCCUCCCUCCUCGAAGGGCAUUUAAAAAGGUUCGAUCACUCCCCUUGUGACCCAACCAUCAAUCUGAAAGGCUGUCCGAAUGAGCUGUUUGCCUGUGCUGCCUGUGGUCAGCAUUUUCAGACUAAAGAAGCCUGGAGGAGACACGUUGAAUCUAAGGUGUCCUCAUCCGUUCCUGAUGGUCACAGCGUCACUCAGACCUAUCAGAGGAUUGUGUGUUUCGCCUGUCCCGCCUGCUACCUCUUCUUCAACCUGCGAGAUGAGUGUCUUCAACACAUGUCAGCCAGAAACCACUUCACAGAGUCACUCUGCAUGACUGAAACCAAAGGAAGAGCGCUGCCAGUACCCAUCCCACAAUAUGUGAAGAAUCGUCUCAUCACUUUGUGCAAGGAUGCAACGUUCAAUGUCCGAUGCUCUUUAUGUCACAAAGUGCUGAUCUCUCAUCAGGCAGCUCAGGCUCACUUUAAUGUGCAGUGCAGACAGGGCUGUGCAGUGGCCAAGGCUGAUAAAACCGUAGUGCAGGUAAUGAAACAGCUGCAAGUCCGAGGGCAGUGCUCCCUCUGCUGUAAAAUCUUCCUCAGCCAGGCUGAAAUUGAGAGACACAAGGAAUCGACCGAGCACGACGUGGAGGUCAACCAGACAAUGGAGAAAGCAGUCCUUCAGCACUGCAGGUUUAGUGAAAUUCAACACACUCGCAGGGCCGCAGAGGCACGGGGGAAACGACAGUCCCCUGGCCUUGAAACGCCUUUUCAAAAGCGAACUAAGAAGAGGAGUGAUUGCGAAGAAUUUCCAGCCAAACGACAGCGACUAAGCCCAAGUGUGAAUGGCAACUCGACAACAGCAUGGUUCUGCGAGUGUGGCGCACAGUUCUCAGAGGAGGCUGCAGCCAGUAAGCAUCUCUUGGCUGUGAACCAGAUUUUCCAUCAGUGCGGCGUGUGUGGCAAACACAUGGGAGAGUCCUCAAUUACCCGCCUGCAUAUGAGCCGCUUCCACGGGGGAGCCCAUCUCUCCAACUUCCUCUUCUACUGCCGCAAGUGCAAAGUGGAAAUGCCUCGCUACGAAGAUAUCUUGUCACACGUGUCGGACGCCCACAGCGGACACACCUACUUCGCCGAACAGGAAGUGCCCGAGGAGCUCGCCGCUGUCAUCGACGCCAAGCCGUCCACCAGCGCCCACCACUCGUCUUCCGCAAAGUCCACAAUCCAGCAGAACACAGUAGGGACGUCCUCCUUAAAAGCCGAGCAAACUUGGAUGUGCAGAAUGUGCGAGGACGUCUUUGACUCAGAGGAGGACGUCCACAAACACUGCAGCGACAUGAACAGCCACAGCUAUCAGAGAUACAUCUGUGGACACUGCCCCCAGAAGUUCUUCAAAGAGUCAACCGUACGCAGACAUUGUGCGAACGAGCACGGCGGGCAGAUAAAGAGCUCCCACUUCUGCGGCCUCUGUGACAGCAUGCCAUUUGAAUCAGAGGCCGAGUUCCUGGAGCACUACAAGAGCCUUCACAGCAGGGAUUACUAUUGUAUGGAUGACGGUGCUCAGCCCGCCGUCGCCGAGAGCACCGGUCAGCUGACGUGCAGAUGCAUGGGUUCAGAAAAGAGCAAAGAGGAAACGAAGGCUAUAUACACGCAAUGUAUGCGAGACCUGGCCGAUAAGGGGACGUGUCAUUAUGUGUGUGCGCCUUGCCGUGUGUCGGUGCCGUCCUACGCACAGAUGAAGACUCACGUCCACAUGAAGCACCCAGCUCUGAACCUGGACAAGACCUUCGACGUAGAAUGCAAAGCCUGCCAGGAGAGCUUCACAGGCGUUCCAAGCUUCCAUAAACACUAUCACUCCCGACACUGUACAAUGGAGCCGUGCAUGAGCUCCAGGACCUGCAGUAAAGAAGGAAAAGCAGCCACUGUAAAAGUACUCAAUGCUGUGGAGAUCAAACCAGACACUAAUGAGAUAGAAGAUGAGACACUGGUGAAGUUUUUGAACCAGGAUCAGGCCAACCAAGAGAUGCAUGAAGUGCAUGAAGAUGAAUCGGACGAUGAGAUGUCUGUGAGUGCCGAGCAGGCAAGAGAGUCAGCAGAGUUGGAAGAGGCUCUUCAGCGAAGUCUUUUGGAGUUUUAAGGACGAGAUGAAACUCAUUCAGUUGUCACACAGUGUUCUUCAGACAUCACGUGGAGAUGUUUUGUACCAGGAUAUUUGUGUCCAGAACAUAUUCAAUAAAUGUUAGUUGCUAUU